AUGCACAGGAUGGCGCAUAGCGCAACAACAGAUGAUGAGCCCUCCCUACAUCUAACCAUAACAAUACCCACAGCAGAGUUCUGUCAUGGUGUAAUGAUGUCUCGUCUAAUAAAACGACUAAUGAUGCAACAUCGUCUCCUUGAUGCUAACGAGAGACACGCAAGAACAGCUAUCAUCAAGAGGUCUGGUUUAGAGUCUGCAGCAGCAGCAGCAGCAGCAGCACAGCAGCAGAAGGAGCAGCAAACAGAACAACUGCAGCAGGAAAUUAGUAAACAUCUUAAUACUAAUAAUCUUGUGGCUCUAUGCGAAGAACAUGGCAAGGAGUUAGCUAUAAUGCAGCGUAGUCAAUAUAAUGAUGCCCAAGAAGUUCCUGCACAAGCCCCUCUUAGAUGGCAAUCCAUUAUACGUCUUCAGGACGGUGUCUUCUUUGCCGUGUCGCGAUGCCUUUGA